AUGAUUCGCCGAGAUCGUCACUUGAUGUCAUCAAAUGACGAUGCACUCAGAAAGCAAAUUCAGACGAGCCAUUCUCCGGAUAAUGUCGCUGUUGAUGUGGACUCAAUUCUUGUCAUAGUAAAAGAUAUUCUGAAACUUGUUUCCCCUGCCAUUGAUGGCAUUCUAAAUGGAUCGGGAGAGCAUGCAAGCAGAGCAGAGGUCAAUGCAGCCUUGAUAGAGUUUGACGCUAUUCAGGACAAAUUGGCUUUUGUAAUAAACAAGAUUUCAUGUGAGCUAUCAUGCAAUUUCUCACAAGGAGACGGGCACUCGUUCACACUGGAAAUACUCAACAUGCUAUCAACUUACACAUGGGACGCCAAGUCAGCAAUCGCCUUGGCCUCGUUUUCUGCAAACUACGCUCAGUUCUGGCUGGUCGCCACACUCUUCACAACCGACCAGCUCGCGAAAUCGGUGUGCAUUCUCAGGCGAGUGCAGGACUUGAUAGAGUUAUCCGACGUGAUGAGAUCGAGAUUCGAGACGGUCAAUGCUAUUGUCAAUGUUUCGGUUGACUUAACGAGGUGUUUCACCGAGUUUGAGAGGCUGCCGUCUAAGUACAUAACUAACGAAACCGAGCCUCUGCGCGUGGCAAUGGAGAACAUCCCGACUGGCGUUUACUGGGUUGUGAGAAGUUUGGUGGCGUGUGCUUCUCAAGUUACCGCGACUCUUGGAUUGAGCAAUAAAGUGAUGUCUUUAACUGCCGAGACAUGGGAGCUUUCGAGCAUGGUACAUAAGUUGUCUAGCAUUCUUGAACACCUCAAGACACAACUUUUUCUAUGUCAUCAAUAUGUAGAUGAGAAGAAAAACGCGGAAUAUUUCCAAACACUUGUGCACUUGUUCAACACAACACCGCACAUGGAGAACCAGAGAAUACUGAAGCACUUGAUCUAUCUCAAGGAUGACUUACUGCCACUUGAAAUCGGCACCAACAAAAGCCUCAAGGUUGGAGUUGAGGCUCUAAUAGGAAAAACAGUCUUGCUGCUGAUAUCAGACCUAGAAAUCAUCUCCCAUUACGAGCUUCUCAUACUUAGCCACAUUUACCAAGAAUCACGAACCAGAGCACAGUUUCAAUACGAAAUUGUGUGGCUUCCGAUCACAACAUCAAUUUUAGACGAAGAGCAUCAAAAAAAGUUUGAGCAGUUACAAUCGAUGAUGCCAUGGUACACGUUGAACCACCCGAGAUUUCUACAACGGGCUGUUAUACGGUACAUCAACGAAAUUUGGCACUACAGUAAGACACCAAUGAUGGUAACCUUAGACCCACAAGGCAAGGUGAGCAGCCCGAAUGCUGUACACAUGGUGAGGAUAUGGGGCAACUUAGCGUACCCUUUUUCCGCACAAAAAGAGUUGGCCUUGUGGAGAAACGAGACGUGGAGACUCGAAUUGAUUGUAAAUGGCAUCGAUAAAUCCAUACUGACUUGGGUCAAGGAGGAUAAGGUGAUUUGUUUGUUCGGAGGCGAAAACGAGGAAUGGGUUCGUGAAUUCGUACGCUCAACACGAAGCGCGUGUGGCGAAACAGGGGUCGAGAUGGUGUACAUAGGCAACCCGGGCAAGACAAAAAUAAACGAGAUGGUGAGCUCGAACGGGCUCAGCCACAGCUGGACCGACCCAACGUCUGUGUGGUACUUUUGGACGCGAGUCGAGAGCAUGAUGCGGUCAAAGAUUCGGCAUGGCGCGAAAAUCGAGACGGACCGGAUUCUAAGAGAGGCGCUGACCGUGCUGUCGUUCAGCGACGGGAAAGGAUGGGCGAUUUUCAGCCGGGGGUCGGGAGAGGAUGAAGGGGAGAUGGCUCGGGGGAAAGGGGACGUGAUGGUCAAGGCAUUGACAGAUUUCGGUAAGUGGGCAGAGGAGGCUAAGGCGAAAGGGUUUGUUCGGGGGCUGAAAGAGUAUUUGGACGGCCAGCAAACGGUGGAGCAUUGUAACCGGCUGAUUCUGCCGGGAGGCGAGGAUGUGCCGGAGACGGUGGUGUGCUCCGAGUGCCACCGGCCGAUGGAGAAGUACUUUAUGUAUAGGUGUUGUGAUGAUUGA